UUGCUGCGUUCCCCCAGCUCUGGCUUUCCUCUCCUCAGCAGCGUUUGCUGGUGCGGCUCUGUGAGCGUUGCUGCGUGCACGAGUUCCCUCGUGGCCGUGGGUUCCAGCGGAUCCGAGCCCAACUACUGGAGCUUUAAGACCAGGAGCUCCCGGCACUCACAGGGCUCCCAGCCUGGCCUGGCUGAUCAAGCCAAGCUCUCCUUCGCCUCGGCUGAAUCCCUGGAAACCAUGUCGGAAGCAGAGCUGCCCCUGGGCUUCAAUAGGAUGAACCGGUUUCGGCAGAGCCUGCCUCUGUCCCGCUCCACCAGCCAGACGAAGCUGCGUUCUCCAGGGGUCCUCUUCCUGCAGUUUGGGGAUGAGACGAGGCGUGUGCACAUCACCCACGAGAUCAGCAGCAUGGACACCCUGCACGCCCUCAUCGUCCACAUGUUCCCCCAGAAGCUCACCAUGGGGAUGCUGAAGUCUCCCAACACCGCCAUCCUCAUCAAGGACGAAUCCCGCAAUGUCUUCUACGAGCUGGAAGAUGUCCGCGACAUCCAGGACAGAAGCAUCAUUAAAAUAUACCGAAAAGAGCCGCUCUAUGCCUCAUUCCCUGCCUCGCACAUCACCAAUGGUGACCUGAGGCGGGAGAUGGUUUACACCUCCAGGGAAUCCUCUCCCACCCGCCGCCUGAACAACAUGUCUCCUGCCCCCCACCUGGCCUCAGGCUCCCCCCCACCCGUCCUGCAGUCCUCGUCCCCCUCCCGCUCCCGCAUGUCCUACAGUGGUGGCCGCCCACCCUCCUACGCCGGCAGCCCGGUUCACCACGGCGAGCGCCUGGCCAGCCUUCCCCCAGCACCCGGAGUCUCUCCCAGCCCCAGCGCCAUCCUGGAACGUCGCGACGUCAAACCCGACGAGGACCUGGCAGGGAAAAACAUGGUGCUGGUGAAGAACGAGGGGCUGUACGCCGAUCCCUACGGCAUGGUGCACGAGGGGAGGCUCAGCAUCACCUCCACGCAGUCUCUGGCCGGCAUGGGGGACCCUUUUGGUUACUCGGGGGGGCUGUACAAGCGGGGCUCGGUGCGUUCGCUCAGCACUUACUCGGCGGCCGCGCUGCAGACGGAGCUGGAGGACAGCCUGUACAAACCCAAUGCACAGAUCUACAGCGAUACCUACGGACCCGGCCUGGGUUUCCGCAUGCCCCCCUCCUCCCCGCAGAAGAUGGUGGAGGGGCAGAGCCCGCACAGCCCUUACUCGGGGCCGCCCAGCCGCUCCUCACCCGUCCGGCAGUCCUUCCGCAAGGAUUCCUGCUCCUCUGUCUUCAUGGAGAGCCCCGUCAGCAAGCCACGCAACCCCGGUGCUGCAGGACCCCCCGAGCUGUUCCCUGGCCCUGGGGACCGUCCGCUCUCAGGGUUCAGCUCCCCGGUGCCAGCCAAGGACACGGAAACGAGGGAGAGGAUGGAGGCCAUGGAGAAGCAGAUCGCCAGCCUGACGGGGCUGGUGCAGAGUGCCCUGCUCCGUGGUUCUGAGGCUGAGACCCCCAGUGAGAAGACUGAAGCCACCAAUGGUGGGACUCCUCCAUCAGCAUCAACCAGCCGCAGCGGCAUGGGGACCCCAGUGCCUGCACCCCCCCCACCCUCUGCCACCAGCACGCCGGCAGGGCAGCCCACAGCCAUCACCCGCCUGCACAUGCAGCUGCACCUCCACGACCUGCAGCAGAACGCCAGCGACCUCCGCAACCAGCUGCAGCAGCUCAAGAAGCUGCAGCAGCAGAACCAGGAGACGGUGAAGACGAUGCUGAGGCGGACGGAGACGGAGAUCAGCGUGCGGGUGACGGACACCAUGCGCAAACACGAGGACCCGCUGCAGCGCCAGCGCAGCCUGGUGGAGGAGGAGAGGCUGCGGUACCUGAACGAGGAGGAGCUCAUCACCCAGCAACUGAAUGACCUGGAGAAGUCAGUGGAGAAGAUCCAGAAGGAUCUGGCGCACAACCACCGCCUCAUCCCAGUGCAGGAGCUGGAGGAGAAGGCCGUGGUGCUCAAGCAGCUCGGGGAGACGCUGACAGACCUCAAGGCCCAGUUCCCCAGCCUGCAGAGCAAGAUGCGGGUGGUGCUGCGGGUGGAGGUGGAAGCUGUGAAGUUCCUCAAGGAGGAGCCAAACCGCCUCGACGGGCUGCUGAAACGCUGCAAGACGGUGACUGACACACUCACCCAGAUCCGCAGGCAAGUGGAUGAGGGCGUGUGGACCCCCCCCAACAACCUCAGCCAAUCCCCCAAGAAGAUGGCCCCCGAGACAGACUUCAGCAAAGGGCUGGAGCUGGAGAUGCCCCCGAGCCCCCCCGUGAGCCUCCACCACCUGACAGCUGGCACUGAACCCCUGGGCAUGCCCAGCUUUGGGCACAGCCCCCCCCAGACCCAGAGCCACCCUUCUAAGAGCAAUAAUCCUUCCCGGGCUCCAGAGAUGGUGCCUGCCAAAACCCAGACGGGUCCUGAGACGCCCAGUAAGAAGAGCGCAGACAAAGCUGUGUCUGUGGAGGCUGCUGAGAGGGACUGGGAGGAGAAGCGGGCAGCGCUGACCCAAUACAGUGCCAAGGACAUCAACCGCCUCCUGGAGGAGACGCAGGCUGAGCUCAUGAAGGCCAUCCCCGACCUGGAGUUUGCUGCCAAGCACAAGCAGACCACGGGCAGCAGCAGCGCCGCGUCCACGCCGGAGCAUAAACCAUCCAAGCCUCAGCAUGCACAGAAAUCCACGGGGAAGGUGGAUGCCAAUGGCCGCAGAGGCUCAGAUGAACUGACGGUGCCGCGGUACCGCACCGAGAAACCUUCCAAAUCACCGCCUCCACCGCCACCCCGCCGGAGCUUCCCCUCAUCCCAUGGGCUGACCACCACCCGCAGCGGCGAAGUCAUCGUCACCAGCAAGAAGGAGCCUGGCUUUAUGAAGAAAGCAGAAUCGGAAGAGCUGGAGACCCAGAAGCCACAGGUGAAGCUGAGACGGACGGUGUCAGAGGUGGUGAGACCUGCAUCCACCCCACCCAUCAUCGCCUCUGCCAUCAAAGAUGACGACGAUGAGGACCGCAUCAUCGCGGAGCUGGAGGUGUUUCAGAGAAGCUCUGCCUCCCCUUUUCUCCCCACGCUCCGUUACGAUCCUCUCGCGGCUGCCGUCUCCCCUGGGCACGCAGACAUGUGGCCCAAUGGAGCCUCCGUUGCAGCCGAAGGAUGGAAGGAGCUGGCAGCCCCAGCAGCCCCGGGGAGCAGGGCUUUCUCCCUCCCGCAGAUUGUGCUCACCCACUGGGUGUCUGCACCGCCGUCUCCUGAACCCGAACCCGCAGUGGAACAGCACUGCUCUGAGCACAGGGAUCCCGCUGGCCAUGGAGGAGCAGGAGGGGAGCGCACAGCCGAGGUGGGGAGGAGAGGUGGAGUGUCAGCCAGCAGCCCCAGCACGUCUCCGUAUGCAGCUGGGAGUGCUCCAGCCACAGCCCUGCAGCCCCUGAGCACUGCACCCCGCACACUGGGAAGGACACGCAGGUUCUCCCUGGCACACGGCGAGGUCCCGGCUGUCCCGAAGCACAGAGCGAGCUGGCCGGCAGGAGGAGCAAGUGGAAACCCUGCUCCAAGCUCUGCCAGAAGGCACGAAGGCAGCAGCAAGGUUUCUCCUCGGUGCACUUUGGCUCCUUGUCUCCAAGGGAUGGUCAUGGCACUGCCCCCUGGUGAAGGGCACAGCAUCGCCCCGCAGCUCCCUGCUGAUGCAGAGCCCAGAGAUGGAGCUGGGCAGGAUGCAUCCCUCCCUCCUGGAUGUGCACGGAGGGAGCAGCACGGCAGCACACCGGUGUCAAGAGCCAGGUGCCCCCCAGGCCUGCAGGGCAGCAGAUGGAGCCAGGCUGGGCACCAGCCAUGCGUGGCAGUGCAGGAUCGGAGCUCUGCUGGGGCUGAAGCGGGGGGGAUGGCAGCUGGGGGGUUCCACAGCCCCACUCCUCAGGGAAGGAGCGAAGCAGAGGGGUCCCCCCUGCACAGCAUGUCACCACGCAGCAGGGAGAUUUGUGAAGGUGCCUACCAGAGACUGGAUAGCCUGGAAGAAACCAUCCGUGAGCUGGAGAUGACCAUCAGCGAGAUCAGCAACCACCGCUCGGCUGAGGCUGCGUUCCCUGCAGGACUGCUGGGACAGGCAGCAGCCAGGGAUACCAGCCAGGAGUCUGAGGAUGGUGUGGGGCACAGUGAGCACUGUGACGAUGGCACUGCGCUGGAUCUCAGCCAGACCAAAGCUGAUGCUGCCAAGAGUCCAGCCUUGAGCCACACCAAACCGCCUCUGCUUCCCAAGCCGCAGCUCGGCUCGCCUCAGAGUGGUGGCGUUUCCAUCCCGCCCAUGAAGAUGGUGAACCCGGCAUCCAGGCUGAAGCAGAGCCAGCAGGGCAGCCCCGACAAGAGCAAGCACAUCAAGCAGAGGAUGGAGUACAUGAGGAUCCAGGGACAGCAGCAGGUAGCCUAUCUCUAGAGCAGGUUCCCAGCAGCAGGCUGCCCACUGCCCCUGCUCCCCCUGCACUGUGUGUUAUGGGGCGGUGGGCACGGGGUUACUGCAGUGGGAUGCUGGGGUGGGGGAUGCAGCCCUUUGCUGAGCAGAGGGUGCGGGAGGCACUUCUGUGCCACGCUGGGGGAGCCCAGCACCUGGAGCUGUGCUGA